GCAUCAUGAUGUUGUCGCGCUUCCGACAUCGUGGAGUGCCGCUCCUCGGCCGUCCGCGGUCGUCCGUCUUUUCGUCCCAGGCAAUCUCGCGAUAUGCAACGACAGCAACAUCGCUGUUGCGUGUUCUCUUCUUUGGUACCGACAACAUCUCACUGGCAACGCUCAAGCUGUUGCAUGCAAACAUGAUUGGGCAAUCGAAGACUCCCCUUAUCGAGGACAUUGAGGUACGUUCUCGACGAGAUUUGACCUUCCUCAUGCACCGCAACGAACGACUCGAUCCGGCAGAUCAUCUGUCCUCCAGACAAACGUAUGGGCAAGGCGCGCAACAAGGCGCCAGUUCCAGUCAAGCAGUUUGCGCUGGAGCAUAACCUACAGGUGCAUCAUAUUCCAGACAACGUUAAAUCACUCAAGGACUGGGACAUGCCAGCCACGAACGGGAGCUUCGACAUCGGCGUCGUGGUGUCGUUUGGUUACUUUAUCCAUCCGCACAUGCUGGCCAACGUGCGGCACGGGGCCAUUAACAUGCAUCCGUCGCUCUUGCCCAAGUACCGAGGACCGGCGCCGAUUCCCCGAGCUCUCUUGCACGGAGACACCAAAACGGGCAUUUCUGUAAUCGAGAUCGAUCCAUUGGCGUUUGAUGUGGGCCGCAUCCUCCUUCAGAAGGAACUGCCGAUCCCACCGACGUCGACCUACCUCAGCCUUUCGACGUUCUUGGCGGAGGAAGGGGCCAAGUGCGUUGUCGAGGUCCUGCGGGAUGUAGACAACAAAAAGAAACGUGCUAUCGUUCAAGACGACGCAGUCGCGACCAAAGCGCCGAAAAUGAAGCGGGAGCACGGCAUCGUGACAUGGAACGAGCCCCGCGACGAGCUCUACAACAUGUGGCGCGCGGUCGGCGAAACCUUUGGCAUUGUGUGCGCGUUCGCUUCCAAGUCGAUCAAGCUCAUUGAGAUGCACGUUCCAUCGCCCAGCGCCGUCGCCACCAUGGAAGCAACGCUGGCGUCGUGGCCGUCGCCGCCGUGCCUUCUCGAAGGCGGGUCGUUCUUCUUCGACAAGUCCUCGAAAGCGCUGUGGGUUCGCACGCCAGACAACGCGUGGCUGGUCGUGACGCACCUGCAACCUGCCGACCGCAAAGUCGGCACAGCAGUAGAUUUCGCCAACGGGCAUCGCCUCCACCCACGGACGAUGUAUAAGCUCGACAGGGCCGUGACCAUUGAGUAAACAUGUCAUCACGUCCCCCGGCGGCGAACUUCCAUGGACCAUCUUGCUCACGUCGACUGGAAGCAUGCGCCGCUCCUUCUGACACGUGAGAACAACUCGAGCUCACUUGGGCCACCAAACACGCCGUUCACGCCGUGGAAUUUGGUCAUGCAGUGGGACCACCACCAAAAUCUCUCCGUUUCGAGAUGACAUGUCAAGGCUGCUAGUCCAUCGUGCCCCUGGCAAUUCGAUCGAGUUGCGUAUCCGUUGGGGCUUCGACAUGUCUCGAAAGCGAUGGCGUGACUAGCUGCCGAUCCGCCAUCUAGCCAGGAAACCCUUCACUGCCCGCGAAGUCGUCGGAGGCAAAUACCCCCGUCCAUCUCAAAGUCGUCGUGGUUGCUUUACCCCCACACGUAGAGGCCGAGGCGACAAUGGCACUGGAUCAUGCAUGCGCAUUCGACCAUUCAAUGGGGUCACCACCGGCGCCCCC